GCCCGUGCCGCGGGAUCCUCGACGCGUCUGGUCGCCAUCAUCACAACGCCGGCGCGCCGGCCAGCCGCCGGGCGGCUUGUCUCGUGGGUCCAGCGUCCCUGAUGCAAAUGUGGCACGGCCAAAUCACAGAACUUGCGCUGUCCUGGAGACACAUCCGUGAUGUUGCUAACAUUGAGGCUAUCGGUAACACCACAGUACAUCAUGGCAGCUCUCGUCGCCUGCUUUGGACUUGCAGCGAGAACCGCGUCAUUGCGCGGCACGGGAAUCUGGUGCUCAGUAUGCAAGUCUCUCUGGUUGCACUCUGGUCGAGCUUCGUUCCCGGUGGGCUAUCAUCGCCCGUGGGUUCGCAAUCAUAAGUGGGACAGCAUCUCGGAACUGUUGAUCGCUUAUAGAAUAUGGCGGGUCGAGAGAGCAGCCACCAGCGUGUUGUCGUUGGAUGCGACGAGCCUGACGCGAGCAAUUAUCAUCCUUGUCGAGUCCUGUGCCGUCUGCUUCGUGUUCCUGUUGCUCCUAAUCGGUACAUAUGCGGCGCGCUCUCCCGUCAUGUUCAUAAUUCUUGAUAUGACAUCGCCUGUGAACAUGAGUACUUACCUGCCCUUAGCGGACAAUUGAGCUUCGCGUUGAUCAUAUCAUGAUUCUGUCCAGGGCAUCGUGUUCUUCUCCAUGAUCCACCGCG